AUGUAUGAAUAUAAAAAAAAUAAUUGUAACAUUAAAGAUAAAAAAAUAAUACAAACUAUCAAAAGUUGUACAAUUAAUUUGAAGGUUGAAGAGCAAGGGCUCAACCCUAAAAAGAAAGUCAUCAGGAAAAUAAAAAAUGAUGAAGAAGGGAAGGUUAAAAAAGGAACUCUCAAUCGAAUAAAAAGUAAUGAUAAAAUUAUGGUAGUGGACAAGGUGAGGAAAAAAAAAGAAGAUACAAAUAAAUAUAUGAAUAAAUGUAUGAAUAAAUAUGUAAAUAAAGGCAUUAAUAAAGAUAUAAAUAAAGGCAUUAAUAAAGAUAUAAAUAAAGGCAUUAAUAAAGAUAUAAAUAUAGAUAAAGAUAUAGAAAGGAAGAAAGAGGUAAAAAGACUGAUCAAAUAUAAGACACCUCGUGCCCUUAACCCUAAACAUAGUAAGGUUAUGAAAUUGUUGAAUUAUCGUAGUUGUAUGGAACAAAAAAAUACAAUAAACAAAAAUAAUGUUGUGAAUAAUCCUAUUUAUGAUGAUGUUUAUAAGUAUCAUCCAUUAUGUCAUAACAUAAGGAGAGAUGCUUAUAAGAAAUAUGCGUGUUGUAAGGUAGGAGAUAAAAAUGACAAAACAUUUUCUAACCUUUUUCUUUUAAAUAAUAAUAUUUCUAUAAAUAAAAAGAAAAUAGGUGGUAUGGAUAUAAAAAAAAAAAAAAUAAUAAAGAAUUUACAAGUUUGUAAUGAUGCAAUGGAUGUAAAUAUGAAUAAUUAUGAUAAUCAAAUGGAAGGUAAUAAUAAUAAUAUUAAUCAUAAUAUUAAUCAUCAUAGUAAUAAUCACAAUAUUAAUCAUCAUAGUAAUAAUCACAAUAUUAAUCAUCAUAGUAAUAAUCACAAUAUUAAUCAUCAUAGUAAUAAUCACAAUAUUAAUCAUCAUAGUAAUAGUAAGAAAGAUGUGCCUAUAUUAAGCAUAUCAAAUUAUAAGGAAAAAUAUACAUGUGCAAAUAAAUACUUGUGCUUACAGAAGAGUAAUAUUAGUUUUAAUGAAUUGAACGAUGAAAAAAAGAAAAUAAAAAAUAUUAAGAAUAAUAUUGUGAAUAAUAAAGAGGAACAAAAUAAUAUUAUAAAUGAUUAUAUAAAAAACGAAUCGCAUAAUAUAAAUAACAUGAAUUUAAAAAAAAAAAAACAAUUAUUAUAUAAAAAAAAUGUAAUAAACAGAAAUAAAUCAUGUAAUUCAAAAUAUGUAACAAAGAAUAAAUUAAUAUACAAUCAGAAAAAAAAUAUGGAUCCUCACCGAACUAUAAAUAGGAAAUGUUCUUGUACAAAUAUAAUAAAAGAAAAUAUUAUGAAACAAAAAGAUAAGGACUGUGUUAAAAAGAUGAAAGACAGAUCUAUGCAACAUACACUAUCGAACAUAUGUGUACAUACAAAUGAAAAAUAUAAAAAUAGAAAGAAAAAUAAUUUAUUUAUGGACAAGAUAAAGAAAAAGAAAUUAAAAAGCAAAAAUGAUGAUAUCAUAAAAUUGUGGAUAGCACAUAAAAGGAAUGAACUCAUAAUACCAUAUCAUGAAAAGUGUAUAACAAAUUGUUAUACCAGGGAAAUAAUAAAAAAUAAAGAAAUUAAAAAUGAACAUAUUGAUAGGAACAAUGUUUUUAAUAAUUAUUUAUUAACUAUAGAAGGAAGAAAGAGAGAAAUGAAAUAUAAAAAAAAAAGCGAAGUAAAAUAUAAAAGAAAGAGUAAGACGAAAUAUAGACAAAAGAGCAAAGUAAAAUAUAAAAGAAAGAGUAAGACGAAAUAUAGACAAAAGAGCAAAGUAAAAUAUAGAAGAAAAAACAACCAAGAUCAAAAUGUAAGUACUAACAAAAAUAUAAUUUCUUUGACCGAAGAUGAACAAAACAUAUACCCCUUCAAUAAAUGUAAUAUAAAAAAAAUAGAGAAAGAGUAUGAUAGAUAUAUAUUAAAAAUGAAUAAACACAAAGAAGAGUUAGAAUAUGAUAAAAAUAAUAAUACUUUUAAAGAGAAUCAUUCAUUUGAUAAAAAAUUGUUUAUGAGUAAUGAUAAUCAUUAUUAUGAUGAUAAAGAAAAUUUUCAUAAUAAUAUAAAAAAUAAAAGAAGAUGUGUAAGUCUAAAUAAUAUAAAUGAACCAAAAAUAUAUAAUCCAUUAUUUAUUACCAAUGAUUUUAGAUUAAAAAUAUGUUACAGUAAUAAUUUUAUGGAUUAUACCAAAAUAUAUAAUAAUAAUAAUGAUGAUGAUAAUGAUAAUGAUAAUGAUAUUUUUAUAAAGAAGACUGGUGAAUUUCCUCAUGAUAAAGAAAAAAAAAAAAAAAAAAAAAAUCAAAAAGAAAAUUCAUUAAUGGAUAAAGAAUUAUUUUUUAAUACUAGUGAUAAUUUAUUUUUAAUAUCUUUAGAUUCAGAAAUAAUAAAAUCCUCAUCUUUUUUUCAAGACGAUAAAAACAAAAAGUUACACAAUAAUAACAAUAAUUAUUUAAAUAUAGAUACUAAUAUUAUUAAAAGCUUACCAACAUAUGAAAUGAAUAAAGCUCAAGAGAAUUGUAAUAUACCUAUAUUAUAUAAUGAUGUUGUAGAAGGCAAUGAAAAUUAUCGUAAUGAAUUUUUAUUUCCUAAAGAUGAAAAGAAUAGAUAUUAUUCUUCUUAUAUGAAACAAACACAUGUACAUAACAAAUUGCAUGAUGAUAAUAACAAGUAUGUUCAUACUAUGCCUUUAUUAAAUCAUGAAGAAAAAUAUAUAAUAAACGAUUUUACGAAAAAAGAAAAAAAUAAGAGCAAUUGUAUUACUUACCAACAAGAAAACAAAGAAAAAAAGAAAAAGGAAAAAAUAAUAAAUUGUAAUAAUAUAAAAAUAUAUGAAAAUAUAAAAAAUGAUAGUAAAGAUAUAGAUAUGGAAGUAAAAUAUACCGAAGGGAAGAAUAAUCCUGAUCAUGCUGAAUAUAUAUAUUUGUGGGCAUCAGAAAUACACAAAACCCAACCCGAAAAAAAAAAAAAAAAAAAAAAAAAAAAAAAAGAAAAAGAAAAGAAUAUUAUAACAAGAGUAAAUGAAGAAAAUAUCUUGUUUGCAGAAUGUUGUGAGGAAAAUGAAUAUAUUCUACCAUAUCAUGUUAAUAAAGGAAAAAAAAAAAAAAAAAACACAAACAUAAUGGAAAAGGAUACAAAAAAUGUAGAAAAGGAUACAAAAAAUGUAGAAAAGGAUACAAAAAAUGUAGAAAAGGAUACAAACAAUGUAGAAAAGGGUACAAACAAUGUAGAAAAGGAUACAAAAAAUGUAGACAAAUAUACAAACAAUGAAAAAAAAAUGAUCACAUUUAUAAAUAAAAUGGAAUAUAAUAAUUGUAAGAUAAAAAAAUAUAAUAAUAAAUAUCAUAUGAAUACAAAAUUCUGUACAAGUCAGAAAAAUAAGUUAUAUUUUAAAGAAGAAAGGACAUAUAUAUAUAUACAUAAAGUUUAUAUAUUAAAAUGUUUAAUACGAAAAGAAAAUAAAAAGAAUAUUUCGAAUAUCCAAAAAAGAAGAAAAAAAUAUAUUCAAAAUUUAAUUAGAAAUAAUAUGUUAUUUAAUGAAGUCCAAAAAAAAUGGAUUAAAAAAAAAAUUCUCAAUGAAAAUUAUAAAUUAUUUUAUUUAAAAAAAAAAAUGUGCAAAUCUUAUAAAACUUCAAUAAUUUUAUUAAAUACAAAAGAGAAAAAUAAAAAACAAAGAAAAGAUCAUCGUAUAAGAAAUAAUGAAAAAAAAUGUGCAAAUAUGAUAUAUCAUGAGAAUAUGAUCCAUAAAAAUAUUCAUAAAGAUAGUAUUCAACAUUUGGAUAAUAAAAAAAAUGCUUUAAGACAAAAACAAAAUGAUUUUAAAAUUAUCAAAGGGAAAAAUAAUCAAAGGGAACGUUAUCAAAAUUGUAAUUUAUUAAAACAUUUAAAUAAUAAAAAGAAUGAACUACAAAAUAUUUAUAUUUUUAAGAAGAAGAAGAAGAAGAAGAAAAAAAAAAAAAAAGGUUAUAUAAACGUUCAAAGGAAAGCAAUAUACAAAAGAAAAAAAGAAAAAAAUUUAUUUUCUUCUUUGAUAUUAUUAAUUAAAACAAAGAGAAGAUAUCAUAGGAAUUUUUUUGUAACGAAUAAAGAUAAUGGUAAUAUAAAAUAUUGUAAGGAAGUAGAAAAAGAACAAAAAAAAAAGGAUGGAAUAAAAAAUAUAAUUUUUUUUUUUAAAUGUUCGAAUGGUGAAGAGGAGCAAAAGAAUAUCAUCAUGAAAGACAAAAAAGAACAGAAAUAUAAAAUAAAAGAGAAAGACAAAAUAGAAGAGAAAUAUAAUAUAGAAGAGAAAUAUAAUAUAGAAGAGAAAUAUAAUAUAGAAGAGAAAGACAAAAUAGAAGAGAAAUAUAAUAUAGAAGAGAAAGACGAAAAACAAAAUAAUAUUGAUUGUUACCAUGGUCAUCAUUAUUAUGAUGAAGAUAAUAUAAUAGAAGAUAUAUUAAUACCUCCAAAAAAUGAUUAUUAUAUAAAUAUAGAGAUGAUGAAGGAAAAGAGGAAACAUACUUGUCAACUCGAAAAAAAUAUUUCUCAAAAAAAAAAAGAAUAUGAUUUUUCUUUAAAUUUAGAAAAGUAUGUAUUAAAACAUCGUAUAAACGAUAUAAGUUGGAAAAAAAAAUACAUAUCACAAAAUAGUUUAAAAGAGAAGAUAGAUAUGAAAUAUGUUCCUUAUCAAUGUAAAGAACAAAAUGAAGAAAAGGAAAUAAUAAAAGACAACAGUGUCCAUAAUAUAGAAUAUAAAAAUAAAAAAAAAGAAAAAGAAAUCAUUAAUCAUAAUAUUUCUGUGAAAACUAAUACAUAUAUAUUGAACACAAACCAAAAAAAAAGGAAAGAUAAUUAUAAAGAACAUAUAAAAUAUAAUAAGAAUUUGUCCAUAAAUAAUAAUAUAAAUAAUAGGAUGCACACAAAAAAUAACAUAGAAACAUUAUUUAUUAACAAAAAAUAUUGGAAUUACAAACAAUCUAGUGAAAAAUAUAGUUCUAAAAAAAAAAAACACACAUUUCCAUUCAAACAAAAGUUAUCAAAAAAAAUAGAAGAAAUAAAAAAUAAAAAGGAUUUUACUACAUAUUUAUCUAGUAAGGAUAUUUAUACAAAUGUGUUUUUUUUUUCAGGAAAUAAAGAAAAAAAAAUAAAUAAUAAUAAUAAUAAUAAUAAUAAUAAUAAUAAUAAUAAUAAAAAUAAUAUGAAAGAUAAAGAAAACAUCCCACUGCAAGACGCUGUGAAAAAAAAAUGUAAUCAAAUAAUUAAAAGAACUUUAUCAUGUAUACCAUAUAUAUUAAAUAAUAAUAGAGGUGCAUUUUAUAAAAAACACACAAACAAUAUCAAUAAUAAUGAUAAUUAUGAUAUAUACUCUUCUAAUAACAUAUAUAAUAAAAAAAACAAAAACCAUAUCAUAUCACCACAUAAAAUAACCUUAAAAUAUAAAACCAUGCCCAUACCCUUUGAUCAUAAUAUCAAGGAACACAAUAUUCAACAACAAAAAUUAAACAACAGAAACAAUAAUAAUAUUAAGAAGAAUAAUAUAUAUGUUAAAAGUUACCAUUGUGAUAAUAUGGAAAAAAAUAUAAAAAGAAAUAAAUCAGUUUGUUUUUUAAAGAGAAGAAAUACAUGCUCCUUUUUUGAUGAAAAGAAAUAUAUAAAAAAAGGUAAUAUAGAACAUAUAAAUUAUCAUGAUAAUAUAGAAAAUAUAAAAUACGAUUCGAAAGAAAAUCUUCAUAAUAUUAUACAAUAUAAUAAAUUCCCCUUGUUUAAAAGGACAAAAAGUUCUAUACUACUUAAAAGAAAUAACAAUGAACAAGAAAAAAUUAAAAUAAAAAAAAACAUUUCCAUAAUAAAACAACAAAUAAUUCAUAAAAAAUAUAUAAAGAAUAAAAUAUGUAUAGCCCAAAAUGAAGAUUUCCUUAAAAAUAAACAAAAAGGACAUCACGAUGUUUCAAUAUUAAAAGGGGGCUUGUCAUUAGAAAGUAAAUUAAAGUAUGAUAAUAAGUAA